UUGUUGAUUGUAUUGAUUGUGGGAAUCGAGAUAAUAAAUUUAUAAGUAUAUAUAAGUUUAAUGACGUCCGCAUGACAUGCGUUUGCAUAAAAUCAUUAUACUCUACAUUCUUAUUUAAAUGUGGUGUCAAAGCGAAAAAAUAAAGUGCCAAGUACAGAAGUCAGUACAAGAAAACACACCGAUUGAAGCGGAACAUGGACGCGAAUAAUUAUGAAUGUUCAAUUGAUUUUAAUAAAAUAACGGAUUUGGUUAAAAUCGGCACCGGAACUUAUGGAGUUGUCUUUAAAGCAGUGUACGACAAUCGAACGAUUGCAAUUAAAAAAUUCAAUGCCUAUGGUGAAAUGAAAAAUGUUGAACGAGAGCUAAGAAAUUUGAAAGACGUGAAGCAUGCGAACAUUCUCUUGAUGAUUGGUGAUUCAUGGAGCGAUAGUCUGUACUCACUUGUGGAGUUUGCGGAUGGCGGAUCUCUGGAUUGUUUUUUGCACAACCCACCAUUGACUGAAUAUACAUUAAAUCAUAUUGUCAACUGGACUCUCCACGCCUUUGAGGCCGUUGCUUAUCUUCACUCGAGCUCUGACCCGUUGGUUCAUGGUGAUUUGAAGCCGUCAAAUAUGUUGCUAACGGAUCAUCGACGUGUUUUGAAGAUUUCGGAUUUUGGAUCCGUACGCACUGAGGCAACCACUAACACGAAUAUACGUACCACAGCUCCCUAUAUGGCACCAGAGAUUGCCGGCGACCAGCUUCCUUCUCCGGCAUCGGAUGUGUUCAGCUGUUCCGUUAUCUUGUGGGAAAUGCUGUCACGCAAACGGCCCUACGAUGACAUUAAGAGUUCUUGGGAAAUCCUGAGUCUAGUGGAAAAAGGUAAACAUCUGGACUUGAAAGAAAUCACGAUGGAAUAUCCCGAAGAAUUGGAACUAUUGAUAACCGAGGGCUGGAAUGUUAACCCGAGCAGUCGUCCCAAUAUAAUAAGUUUCGUUACAGUCCUGAGGUCAUAUUUUAACGAACAAAAAUUGUUUGACGCAGAUCUAAGCAUUUAGAGACGAUACCAUGUCAAAGAUAUUCUAACAA